AUGGCUGUUAUUCUUGAUAAACUUUAUGCACCAGUGACUGAUCCUUGCGAAACAAAAGCACAACAACUUUUGAACGAUGGUAAAAUUGAUCAAGCCAUUGCGAUGUAUCUAUGUAUUAAACCAGAAUCUGCUCGAAUUUUCAUGAUCAUUGGUAUUUUGUAUGCGGAAAAGAAAGGCGAUUACAAAGCUGCAAUCAUAUUUUACAAGAAGGCACUCAAAAUUCAAGAAAAGAACGGUGAUGACCCCAGCAAUGCUUUCACUGAACUUGGCUUUGCUUAUCAAAAUCUUCAUGAGUAUGAUCUCGCAUUGAACUAUCAUUUUCGUGCGCUCAUCAUCCGAAAGUUGGCUCAAACAAUCGAUCGAAAAUUAAUCGCCGAUAGUCUUAUUGGAAUAGCAAAUGCUUAUUGGGGCGAACAAAAUCUGAGUGAAGCACUUGAGUAUGUUACACAAGCCGUAACAUUGAAUGAAUCAGUUGGAUCUGGAAAUGAAUUGAACUUAGCAACGAACUUAAUUACAUUAGCAAGUAUUCAUCAUAGUCGUGAUGAUGAUAACCGGGCACUUGAAGUAGCGAAACAAGCACUAGCUCUACUAGAAUCUUGUGUGUCACAUGAUUCACCUAUACUGGCUUCAUUCUUAAACAAUUUAGGAGCGAUACAGUUCAGCUUAGGAUUAUCCGGUGAUGCUCAACUCAGUUUUGCUCGAGCGCUGAUUAUUUGUGAGCAGAGUUUGCCUGAAGGACAUCCACAACGACUAGCAAUCGAAAAGAAUAUUAAGAGAUUAACUCCGAUGGAACAAUACAAUUUGAGGAACUCAUUUAUCAGUCUAUGCAAGGCCAUUCUUUAUUCUAGUGCACCAGUGACUGAUCCUUGCGAAAUAAAAGCACAACAACUUUUGAACGAUGGUAAAAUUGAUCAAGCCAUUGCGAUGUAUCUAUGUAUUAAACCAGAAUCUGCUCGAAUUUUCAUGAUCAUUGGUAUUUUGUAUGCGGAAAAGAAAGGCGAUUACAAAGCUGCAAUCAUAUUUUACAAGAAGGCACUCAAAAUUCAAGAAAAGAACGGUGAUGACCCCAGCAAUGCUUUCACUGAACUUGGCUUUGCUUAUCAAAAUCUUCAUGAGUAUGAUCUCGCAUUGAACUAUCAUUUUCGUGCGCUCAUCAUCCGAAAGUUGGCUCAAACAAUCGAUCGAAAAUUAAUCGCCGAUAGUCUUAUUGGAAUAGCAAAUGCUUAUUGGGGCGAACAAAAUCUGAGUGAAGCACUUGAGUAUGUUACACAAGCCGUAACAUUGAAUGAAUCAGUUGGAUCUGGAAAUGAAUUGAACUUAGCAACGAACUUAAUUACAUUAGCAACAAAUGCUUAUUGGGGCGAACAAAAUCUGAGUGAAGCACUUGAGUAUGUUACACAAGCCGUAACAUUGAAUGAAUCAGUUGGAUCUGGAAAUGAAUUGAACUUAGCAACGAACUUAAUUACAUUAGCAAGUAUUCAUCAUAGUCGUGAUGAUGAUAACCGGGCACUUGAAGUAGCGAAACAAGCAUUAGCUCUACUAGAAUCUUGUGUGCCUCGUGAUUCACCUGUGCUGGCUUCAUUCUUAAACAAUUUAGGAGCGAUACAGUUCAGCUUAGGAUUAUCCGGUGAUUCUCAACUCAGUUUUGCUCGAGCGCUGAUUAUUUGUGAGCAGAGUUUGCCUGAAGGACAUCCACAACGACUAGCAAUGGAAGGCAAUAUUAACAGAAUAACCGAAAUGGAACAAAACAAUCAACAAAACUUGGAAUCGGAUCAUUGGCAGUUUUCUUUCAAGACUUUACUUGCAUAG